GAUUUUCGAUUUUCACUUUCUGUUCGAAGUAUUCAAGAUCACACACAACUCGGUCGGUAUUCGGUUCGUCUGAAAUCGCAUUAUUCGACUAUUGCGUUUGUUUCUGUGUCUGUGCGUGUCGAUGUAGGUUUCGGUAGUUGAAAAAUAAAUCUCCAAACCUCGUAUCAGUCGACUUCUGCGAGCAACUUGUUAAGCUGUUAGUGUAAGAAGAAGGAAAGUGAAAGCAUUGCGCAUAUUAGUUAUGAUCUCGGAUUUCCAUCGAUAAGCUAGUUUGUUGUGCCAUUUGUUUGCCAAAAAAGUUGAAGCUGAAUGAACGAGUUUCAUACAGAAGGAUAGCACCGGAAGUGCAAACGAACCGCGAAAUUUUCUAAUAAAUUGCCAGCUUGCACUGUGAUUUUGUUUAUAAUUUCUGCUGCAGCUGAAAGAGUAAUAAAUCUUUCCGAAGAGGAAUUCUAACUGAGGUUAUCGGGGGACAAGAAAACCUCGCAUCUGUUACAAUUUAUAUACAAAUUCGACUGCGGCUGAAAAUUCCGCGUCACACUUAAGUCGUGAGUGCGUGUGUCUGUGCCUCUGUGUGUAUGUGCUGAAAAACGAAGAAACUCUGAAAAUUUACGACUUCAAUGGCCAUCAGACCAACAGAAGAAAGGAAAAUUGUUCGAAUGAGAAAAUAACUUCAACCUCACCAGAGGGUGUUGAAAAGUGAAAAGUGACCUUUUGGGGUUGAGCUGGGCGACAUUCCUGCCUGCACGUAGCGACUGGUAGAUAGAUCGCGACGUAACCGCACAAGAGAAGCAGCGUCCUUUCCAGUCCAUCAUGAUCAAGGUCGACGAAAACUACCCUACAGUAGAUCUCGCACCGGCGUUCCCGUACCGGCAAGUGCAGCUCAAGCAGGACGUAGACCCGCGGCAAUCGUUUGACAUACUUCCCGAACUGGGCCGGGGGACAUUCGGUACCGUAUUUCUCUGCAGGGAAAAAGGAACCGAUUUAGAUCUAGCGGCCAAAAUUGUCCCGUACAAAAAGAAGAAAGAUCGAGCCGAUGCCAUCCGGGAGAUUGACAUCAUGAGCUGUCUACAUCACCCACGACUGAUACAGCUAUACGAUGCAUUCGACUACGAAAAUAAAGUCUAUGUGAUACUAGAACUAGUCCAAGGCGGAGAACUGUUUGAGCGAGUCAUAGACGACGACUUUGUGCUGACGGAGAAAGCGUGUGCCGUGUUCAUGAGACAGAUUUGCGAAGGUAUGGAGUACAUCCACAGUCGCAAUAUAAUUCAUCUGGAUAUGAAGCCAGAAAAUAUCCUGUGUUUAACAAAGACUGGAAAUCGGAUUAAAAUCAUCGAUUUUGGUUUCGCCAGACGGUAUGACCCCGAUAAGAAGCUUCAGGUUAUGUUCGGUACCACAGAAUUUACCGCGCCCGAAGUUCUCAACUACGACGAAAUAUACUUCUACACGGACAUGUGGAGCUUAGGGGUAAUCUGUUACGUUCUACUCUCGGGGCUAUCACCGUUCGUGGGCGAGAACGACAUGGCCACGAUGAACAACGUCCUGCAGGGUAAAUACUCGUUCAAGUACAGUUCCUUCGAUGCCGUAUCCGAGGACGCCAAGGACUUUGUCCGCAAACUGCUGGUGCGCGAUGGCUCGAAACGGCUCACCGCCAAGCAAGCCCUCAAGCACAAGUGGCUCGCGGAAACGGCUCAGAACACGACCGAAUUAUCCAUAACAAAAACAAAAUUGAAACGUUAUGUUAUUAAAAAGCGAUGGAUCAAGGCAGUCAACACGAUCAUCGCCCUGCGGCGGAUGGGCGCCAGGAUCGACUUUGAUCUGAUCUAAGGGGGCGGAACGGUGGUACCACGACCUCCCCGUGCGUGUGUAGGUAUUUGUGUAUAGUUUAUCAACGACGAACCGGCGACAACGGGUUAACAGUAAGGAUGAGACCAGUAAAAACGCUUGACAAAAUUUUAAUUGUAGCUCGUAAGGUGUAAUUAUCGUGUUCGUAAUUAAAUGUGCACUUACUUUUACUUUUAACAACAACCGUUCAACUCGAGUGAAACUAGAUUUAUGUAUAUAAAUACCACUGUUGACGUUUGUCAA